UACACAAAAUCAACUUCAAAGUUUCAAACACCAUACACAUUGUUGAGAGUAAGAGGUCUAAGUAACAAGUCUUGAAAUGGCAGAACAAGUGAAGUUGUUUGGUGUUUGGGGAAGCCCUUUUGUUCGCAGAGUUGAGAUUGCCCUGAAAAUGAAAGGCGUCGAAUACGAAUUCAUUGAAGAAGAUCUAACUAACAAGAGUCCUCUUCUUCUUAAAUACAACCCUGUUCACAAGAAGAUUCCAGUGCUGUUGCACAAUGGAAAGCCGAUUUGUGAGUCGGUUGUGAUUAUUGAGUACAUUGAUGAGACCUGGAAAGGCACUCCCAUCUUGCCUGCAGAUCCUUAUGACAGAGCCAUGGCACGUUUUUGGGCUAAGUUUAUCGAUGAGAAGUGCUUGCCUGCACUAUGGAAGGCUUGUUGGAGCAAAGAUGAGGAACAAGAGAAGGCCAUGGAAGAAGCAUGUGAGCUCCUGAAAACACUAGAAGCCCAACUCAAGGGUAACAAGUUCUUUGGAGGAGACAACAUUGGACUUGUAGACAUUGUUGCUAACUUCAUCGGAUUCUGGGUUGAAGUCCUUCUAGAAGCCACGGGAUCAACAGAUUUGUUGACAGACGAGAAAUUUCCCAUGUUAUGCAAAUGGAAGCAUGCCUAUGUGAACUGCCCAGUUAUCAAAGAAAAUCUGCCUCCCAAAGAGAAACUUUUGGCCUUCUUCAGAGCUCGCCAACAACCCACUAGCGGUCCUAAAUAUGAGUAGUUUGUUGAUCAUAUCUGAAAAUAAAUCUUUGCAUUGUCAAACUGCAGACUAGUCUUUCUGUUUUUUGUGUUGGGUCCUAUGUUGUUGAGUUGAGGUUAUUAAGGUAGCUGUUGUUACUAUGUAUUAGGAGUCUUGUGUUACUUUUGCUUCAUUUCAAAUAAAGGUGAUAUGUUUUUAUGGACA